CGCCGGGGGCGCCUCCGCCUCCUGCUCCUGCUCGGCGCUCCUGAGGGGAAGGCGCCUGCCCGCCCGGCCGCCCCCUGCCCCGGCCCGCCAUGCAGCCCCCCGUGGUGGCCCUGACUGACUGCUCGCUCUUCCUCUGCUCUUUCAAGCCCAGCAGGCCGGCGGCCCGGCUGAGGGAAGACAUGAAGAGGAUCGCGGCCUCCGCCCCGCGCGGCCGGCGGAGGGUGGCCUGCGGGCGGAAGGUCUUCGGCGUCGGCCUGGCGGAGCUCCAGCAGCGGGGCCUGAGCCGGGACGGGGUCCCCACCGUGGUGUGGGAGCUGGUCGAGUACCUGGCUCGGCACGGACUGGCACAAGAAGGUCUUUUCCGGGUGAAUGGCAAUCUGAAAACAGUGGAGCAUCUGCGAGCCAAGUACGAGAGCGGCGAGGACGCGGACCUGGCUGCAGAGGGCGACGUGAGCUCAGCCGCCAGUUUGCUGAAGCUGUUUUUGAGGGAGUUGCCCGAUGGAGUGAUCACUUCUGCUCUGCAUCCCAAAUUCAUACAGCUUUAUCAAGACAAGCAAAAUUACGGCCUUAACGCUUUGAGAGAACUCCUGAGGCAGCUUCCUGAGGCCCACUAUCGCCUCCUGAAGUACCUUUGCCAAUUCCUAAGGAGAGUUGCUGAGCACCAUGCUGAGAACAGGAUGACUCUUUCCAACCUUGCGACCGUUUUUGGACCCAACUGUUUUCAUGUAUCUUCUGGAUUUGAAGGUAUGAAGGAGCAGGAAAUCUGCAACAAAAUUAUGGCCCAGAUGCUGGAAGACUAUACUGCUUUAUUUGAGUGGCAACUCAUAAGGGACGAGAAAGAAAAGCACCCAUGUGAGGAAUUAACAAAAAUUAUAUUGGUGAAAGAGGCCAGCUGCCAGCGGACCCUGCCAAUCAUUCUGACGAGUUACGAAAAGGAAAUGCCAAAGCCAAGCCCAAGAAACAAGAUCACAAAGUCCAAGCAAGAAGGAUCUUUCGUGGUAUGCACAGUGCCGCAGCCCAGACCGUCAGAUGGAAUUCCCCGGGUUAGCAUCCAUUUAACGCGCAGUUUGUGUUCAGAGGAGAUGGAUUUAGCUGAUGAAAUCUCCUUCGUGAGCAGUGCUGCAUUCUUCACCAGCUCUCAAGAGGAUGAAAGGCCUAUGUCACCCUUCUAUCUGAGUGGUCAUGUGUCUCAAGUCAGCAACAACGGCAUCCCUGCUUCCGGAGAGUAUUUAGAAAAAACCAUCCGGUCGGCUGUUGAGCAGCAUCUCUUCGAUGUUCAUGGAUCUGGAGGACAAAGUUCGGAAGACUCCGAAUCGGGAACCUCAUCAACUUCAUCAAAUGUGUCUGCCCGGCAACGGAGGCGGCAUCACAAAGAGCAGGAUGAAGCCCGAAGGAACAGAGAUAUGGAGGUCAUCAAUAAAGAGAACAUUCCUUCUGGCUUCAGCAGCAUUGAGGAAUGUAUGCUGACUGCACAGGAUGUUGAAAAAUUGCAAGAGAACAGCUCCGGGUACAUUGGAGAAAGGAGCAAACCAAAGCGGCAGAAAUCCAGCACCAAACUUUCUGAGCUUAAUGACAACCAGGAUAGCCCUCUGAUGAUGGAAAAUUUUGGCUCCUUGAGGCCGCUGGACAGAAGAGGACCAGAUGACAUGGAAGUUCUUUCUGAAAACAGCAAAGACAAUGAAAAUGAUGGUGAUUCAUCGAGACAUUCUCAGAACUCAAGCAUGAAAAUCCAGGAACAUCCCAGCGUUCCCGAAGCCAAAUUACAGAGGAGCCAAGAGGCCGACGGCCAGGAAGAGACCUUUGCAUCGGAAGUGCCUCGGCUUGACCUGACAACCUUGUGCAGUGACAGCAGUUGGGAAGAGCCCGUCCCGGCUUUCUCCUCCUGGCAGCGUGAUGGCUUAGAUUCCGAUGAAGCUCGCCUCUCCCCGCAGGCAGGCCGCCUGAUUCGACAGCUUUUGGAUGAAGACAGUGACCCGAUGCUGUCCCCUCGUUUUUAUGCCUAUGGUCAAAGUCAGCAGUACCUGGAUGACACAGAAGUGCCACCUUCCCCUCCCAACUCACAUUCAUUCAUGAGGAGAAGAAGUUCUUCACUGGGAUCUUAUGAAGAUGAUCGGGAAGAUCUGACUCCCGCACAGCUGACACGCAGGAUUCAAGGGCUGAAGAAAAAGAUCAGGAGGUUUGAAGACAAAUUUGAAGAGGAGAGGAAAUACAGACCAUCCCACAGUGACAAAGCCGCCAACCUAGAGGUGCUGAAGUGGACAAAUGAUCUUGCAAAGUUUCGGAAGCAACUGAAAGAGUCAAAGCUGAAGAUGUCAGAGGAAGACCUGGCUCCUGUGAUGCGCCAGAGGAGCAACACGCUCCCCAAGAGCUUCGGGUCUCAGCUUGAGAAAGCAGAAGAAAAGAAGCAAGACGUGCCCGAUAAAUCAACAAAGCCAGCAGUGGAGGCAACUCUGGAAUCCAUCCAGAAGAAGCUCCAAGAGAAGAGGUCAGAGGCAAACCGGCCCGAGGACAUUAAGGACAUGACUCGAGAUCAGAUAGCGGCAGAGAAAGUGGCUCUUCAGAAAGCCCUCUUAUAUUACGAGAGCAUCCAUGGAAGGCCGGUGACAAAACAUGAACGGCAGGUGAUGAAGCCCCUGUACGACCGAUACCGCUUGGUGAAACAGAUCCUCUCCAGGGCCAACUCCAUCCCAAGUAUUGGAUCCCCCUCCAGCAAGCGGAGAAGCCCUUUGCUGCAGCCAAUUAUCGAGGGUGAAACAGCGUCCUUCUUCAAGGAGAUAAAGGAGGAAGAGGAUGGCUCAGAGGAAGAGAGCAAUGUGAAACCAGAUUUCACAGUCACCCUAAAAUCAGACCUCAAUGUGAGAAGUUUCUUGGACCAGCUAGAAGAUGAUGCUGAUGGCUUUGUCUCUCCGGUGGACGAUCGCAUACCUUCACGGAGCAGUCACGAUACGGGGCUGUCAAACCUCCAUGCCGCCUCUGUGCCCGAACUUGUAGAACAGCUUCAAGAAGUCAGGGAAGAGAAAAAACGGAUCCGGAAAAAAUUGAGAGAUUUUGAGGAUAAUUUUUUCCGACAAAACGGAAGAAAUGUCCAGAAAGAGGACCGUGCUCCUAUGGCUGAAGAAUAUAAUGAAUACAAGCAAGUUAAGGCCAAGCUGAGGCUUUUGGAAGUCCUUAUCAGCAAAAGAGAUAUUAGUUCCAAGAUCAUGUAAGGAAGGUGUCCCUGACCUUGCCAAUAGAGUUAAGAAGUUGGACAAGCCAAAGGAAUGAUUGCUUGAAGUACUCAGCAAGAGCCUUGUCUACUGGGAGGCUUUUGAGCAGCUCUCCAUUGACUGAGAAGCAGGACGGUGAGGUCUAGCAUCUUUCUUUAGACUUGCGGACUGUUCUGUCUCCAAGCUGGUCACCCAAGCCAGCAGGAAGAAGGGGGCUACGAAGCAGUCAAAUUACUCUGUUCCUAGGGCAGGGGGGGGUCGUUCGCUUUGAUCAGCUUGUGGCUUCUGAAACUUUUAGAUGAUCGGAGUAAGAGUUAUGCCUUCUCCAGAAUGUGAACAAAAGAGAGAUGGAACUCACCUGAGUUGUCGUGAAUCACCAAUAAUGAUCUGUAAUCUUCAGACCAAUCAAACACCCGGGUCUGUAGUAAUGGGAUGGGAUGCCGAUUCUGAGAUGAUUCUGUUGAACUGUAGUGUUUGAAAAAGAAUAUUUCUCUGGAAUCUCACAUUUGACUACAGUCUUUGUUGGUUCGUGGCUGUUUCGGUUUGUUCAACACGGAAUUGCCACUCUGUGGGGAAAGCACCGUCUGCCUCCCUGGCCUUUGCAACGACUUCUUUCUCAGAGCUGUUUCUUCUCUGAAAACUCGUUUCGUGAUGGCCUCUCUUGUUUGAACAAAUGGGGUCACAUCCAGGCAGCUUUUCCACUACUAAGAUAGGAAGGAGGGAUCUCCUCUGGCCACCAAAGAAGGAUAUGCUGGUGGUUGUGGGAUCUGUGUGAACAAAAGCCAUGUGGGAUGGGGGCUGUAGUAAGAAUGAGACCCGAAUGAAAAAGCUGGCUGGAUCCAACCCAUGGAAAAGAGAAAAGGGAAACAUCAGAUUUAAUUCGUGAUUGGGUGUCCUCAAAAUUGUGCAAGUACUGAGUUGAAAAGAUAGUAGUAUGGGAUGGGUCAUUCUGGACUAGGUGAGUGGUUUUCAGGUUGCUCUGGGGCAACUUGGGUUUCUUGGAAACUUACCAAGAGGUUGCUUGGUGAGAUGAUCCAGAAUGCUGCACAGGCUUCCCGGAAAGCCAGUCUGUUUUCCAUUGUUGUUUUUUCUCCUUUAUCUCUUCGAGGCUACCUUCCUGGAAUGCUUGCCAGAAACUUUCCCCAGCAAGCCAAGGUUCCAUGGCAGAAGAGCAGGGGGUUCCUGGGAAGCCAAGUAAUUGUGGAAAAGCUUCCCUGAAGAUGGGACAUUUGGAAACCAUUGCCUCAUAACAUGCAUCUUAACACUCAGUUUAGAAUGGAGUCUUCCUCCAGCACAAGGAGCUUUACCCCAGAGGCAGAGCCAGGCACACUGGAGAAAGGCUCCUUGGAACAGAGGAGGGCUCCAGACUUCGCUAAGGGAAGUGGGAGGAUGCAGUCCCGUGUUUUUAAACAUGGAACGUAUCAACCAGUGCUUUGCCAUAGCAGCUUUGGUUGCCCCCCAGGGAUUUGGCUCGUGCAUCUGUAUCCAGUGAUGAGGUUGUGCCCUUUUCUGUCCAGUGCUUAGCUGCAGCUGUUGGUGCAGUAAAAUAGCUUGUAUAAAAUUGUAGGUACAAUGAUGCACUUUAGCGAGAGAGAGAGUUUAUUUUUUUUAAAUAUCAGAACUAAUAGAAAGCGUAACCAAAAUUGUAUUUAAAAAAAGAAAAUGUUUGUCUACCUGACUUUUCUUUUAGGAAGGAAAAAAAUAUGCCUGCGACUGAGCUUUAAGACUUGUCUAGAGAAGCAAGCAUCUGAAUAGGAAGCAGAAAAUCUUCUAGGCACAAGUCCUACAAAAUCUUAAAUGUCUGAUCAAACUUCCUAGGGCUGCCUUCACAAACUUGUGUAAAUCUGUUGGAUUAAAAAUGGGUAACAAGAAUACAUACCAAAAUUCCAGUAAAUGAUUGCUUCUCCAAACUGAAUGGCAAUUACUAAGAUUUUCUGAUCAAACCUGAUGCAAAAUGUGGGCCAGGAUCCAAAGAAUUGCAAACGGCCCCUGACAGCACUUGAAACGGGGGGGCAGCUUGAAAAGCCAUUUGCGGCACGGCAUGAAAAUUAAGGGUCAAAAGCAAGCCAGAAAUUCCACUAGGAGAACGCAAUCCAUUUUCAUGAGCCUGAGCAGUUCUUUGGAUCUUUAGUGUCUCGUAUUUUACCAAAACCACUGCAGGCAGGAUUUCUUCUUUAAUGUGGGUGUGACAUACCCACUUUCAGUGUCUGGAUUUAGUGCGAGACGUGUCCAUGCUGUGGCGCUCGCAGCUUGCUAUAAAAUGGCGCUGUGUGAAUGGAGAUGAUGCAGGGGGGGGGGGUUAAUUCCCUGCUCAAGUGCAUGUCUGUGUAUUUCAGAUUGCUACUAUAAAUAAGCAAAGCUGCAAUUUAUUUUCAAACCAAAUAAGAAUGAUAAUUAAUGAGCCACUUGCAAAAUUUAAAGUGUCCUUGAAUUAAAAAUGGGGGGGAGAUGCUUAUAAUUUGUCUACAGGCAACAGUGACGUUUUCCUGUUUACUCUUGAGUAAAUGGACACAUUGUUCCUUUUUGAUAUGCUAAAGCGUGGAACAGAUUAACAGUUUCUUUUAAUCAUUUUGUUAGGCAUCAAAGUUAGAUUGGUGUAUAGAUGCAGAUAGUCCUACUCUGCAAAGUGCUUUUUUCCACUAGCACUCGAAUCAGCAGCAGCUUCCUGAAUUACAUAAAAUGGUGACUGAGUCCAGCUUGCUAUCCCAAGAUGCACUGAUGGAGAGCAUAAAGAGGGGGGUGGGGAAACUACACUUGGAAGACUUCGUGGUCUUUGGAUCAUGAAACUCCCCCCGAAUUUUAAAAAGUUAAAGUUCCAAGGAUCAGGGGCUAGUCAGCAUGCAAAUAAGUUGUCUGGUUGCUCUAAAUGUGGGGCCUGAUCGUUCAUGAGUCUGUGCUAGAAUGGUGAAUGAGCUCCUUACAGCUGUUAGUCUAAAAGUAAAAACCAAAAACACUGUCCAUGUAAUAAGUGGUUGUGACAUAGAUGGUGUUUCCAGAAAGGUGAAGCCUCAGUAGCCAUCAGAUUAAUUCAGGAAUGGCUCAGAAAAGGGCUGUGCCGUUUGGAAGAUGUAGAUGGAAUGUCAAUCCCUUACGAGUUGACCUUUCUGUCAGAAUUCCACCAAAUGUGCCCCAGGUCCUGCUGUUCGUUGCGGCCUCUGUAGUUGCAGCAGGUCGUCCCACACUUAGAGGCAAGUCAGACCUGUAGACAGGAACCAAUUAACGACCCUCCGUGCAACUUUACCAUCCCAGGAUGCACCAGGCAGAUCAUUGGUCCACAUCAUAAUCUCCCUGCCUGUAAAAGUUUACACUUCAGGGGAAAAACUUAAGACCAUCAACCUUGUCCCUGAGAGUUGAGCUUCCAGCUAAGUCAUUGUUCCAACACAUGUGCAGACAUAUCCUCAAAAAAACUAAUUCCCAGGAGUGUUCAGAAGUGGUUAAAUUCUAAUACAACAGUGUAGGUAUGUUUGCAGUGUAGAUACGUCCCUGCUCUCCAUUCUCUAAUGUACAUUAACCCAUUAUAAAUUGCUUUAAAUAGUAUUUUGGAAAUAAACACUUCCCCAUAUAUCAUGUCACCAUGUUUUCAUAGUGAUGCCCAACUUAUGCCAGGUUUCAGAGUUCUGUUUCCCCAUUCUUUGUUUGUCCUGAGACAGUGAUGAAGGGGGGAAGCGUGGUGCCGAGAGGGUAUUUAAUUCCUUAAAAAUGGCAUAUUAUUUUCUUUGAACAAUGCUGAAGCUGGGUAAUUUUGCUAGCAGGUAUAUCUUGCAGGUUCUACAUGUUGUAGUGACAGACUAAUGUGGGAGAUCUUUUGAUCUACGAAGAGGGAAUCAGUAUAUCCAAUAUUCCCACCAGUACACAAGGUGUCAAAUUGUAUUCUAUCCCUGUGAUGUCUCUACAGCACUAUUAGGUGUUCAAAACUUGCUUGAAAGCAUAUGUUCAAAGUGAUCUUUGUGCCUGUUUGACCCUCCUGUGGACCUCUGCAUGCACUGACAAUCCACUCUGUGUGUGUGUGUGUGUUCUUAGUGAGCGGUUGCUGUAUUUGUAUCAUCUGAGACACAAACCAUGGCAAAGUUAUCCAUGUCAAACCGCUGAAAGGAGAGCUGUGCAGAAAUCACAGUAGGAGGCUGUUUCAAUCAGACAAGCACAGAAUUUUCCAUGGAUUGCACCCCUUCUGAUGUAUGUGUAUGCAGUUUGAUUUCAUUUGGAAAUCUGAAGCCAAUAACUGCCGCUGAUACGGCGGUAGGAAAAUCCCUUUGACUAUUCGGAGUUUGAAAAGCAGCUGCACAGUUUCCUCUCAGCAAUGAUCCACUUUCCACCUCAGAUGAUGAAACCUUUCAGGCGCAGUUCUGUGUUUACAUCACACGUCAGCAAACUUCAUUUGAAACACUCAAAUCUUUUUCAACAUGUAAACUGAUUUGACAAAUAUUAUAUGUGUACAUUUUUGUACAUGAUUGUAUUUUGUACAAAGCAAAUAAAAUAAAAACUAUUUUUGACUGCA